AAAUGCUGGGAGGAGGAGGAGAGAGGGAGGAGCAUUGAGAAGGCAGCAGCAGGCUGUUCGGCAGCAGGAGGAACCAGCCGCGGGACAAUGGACUGUUUACACAGCGGAUCCUAACGGCUUGCGGUGCAGAUUCCGACAAACUGGAAAAUAAGGAGGUGAAUGAUAAACGGGUCCAGGAUGCUUCCAUCCUCACACCUACAAAGCUGCUGUUCAGCGGGGGGGAUUUAAUUUACCAAACAUGAUGAAAACCGAGCCCCCAUCAGCCACUGGGGGCAGUGUAGCCCCUGGGGGGAGCAGUGGGGUGAGUGGCAGCUCCAACCUGCGGAGUGCAUCACCUCACCGCAACGCCUAUGAGGCAGGACUGGCGGCGCUGAAGAAGGCCACCGACCAUCUCAACAAUGCUGCCAACGGAGGUCCGGACCCCACCUCAAAGCCCGCUCUCCUGCCCCGCCCAACGGGGAGGGGUCGGCGAUAUGGCUCAAAUGUUCAUCGUAUCAAGAACAUGUUCAUGCAGAUGCAGUCACCUGGUGAUGACGAGGAUGGAGCUAAAGUGAUUGUUGACCUUUUACUGCUGUUGGCAGGUAAGGAUCAAGCUGUAAAACUGACACUACCCCGGGUAUCCAGUCUCAACGAGAAUGUCGACCACAGCGCUCUGCUCAAACUUGGUGGGACUGUGUCGGAAAGGGUCAACCGUUUUGAUGCCAAAGCAGACAUGGAGGUUGGCACUUCCUCUGUUGGCUUUUCAAAGCUCCAAGAGACCAGAAAGAUCUUUGAACAGCGUACGUUACAGGAGAAGCAAGCAGCCACCAACCGGAUCUUCCUGAAAAAGGAGCGGGCACAUGGUUUCCAGGGUCACUGUCUGGGCAUUGUAGCUCGGUUUAAUGGUUCCACAGAAGCUCUGGACCACCUGGAUGAACCUCCCACUGCUGUUUCUGCCACUGUAACAGUCCCCGGUGAUGCUGUCAGCCCCACCGUUAGCCAGCUCAGUGCCGCGUUUGAGAAGGGCGACCUGCAAAGCAAUCUCUACCUCCCCAAUAGUCGGUCAGGCCCAAUCCCAGCGCCAAAACCCAAACCUACUAGCGUGCCCACCAAAUUGGAUGGCACAAGGAAGAACGUGAAGCUGCUCCCUCCUGGUAAGGUGCAUCAGGAAGAUAGUAUAGUGGCAGCUGUUGGCAGCCAGACAGCAGAACUACCAGAACAUUGUUCACAGAGGAACAUUGGAGAAGCAGCGAGGAGUGAUGUGACAGAUGGAUUGGGACAGUCAGGAGAUCAAAUCUCCAACUCUUCAUCUUCCUCAGUGGUGUUCGCCAACUCCUCUUCCAAAACAGAUUCAUCAGCCCAGCCAGGAACUGAGGCACCAGGCAACAGUACACCUGCUGCACCAGAGGGAGAACCACAAGGUGCUGAGGACAACACCACCGGGGAGUCUGACGCCGGAACUAGGCUGGUGCAGGCUGAGGUUCAUGCCUCCCUUGAAAAUGGAGUAAAGGAGCCUCCAACUUCCUCUUCCUCCUCAGAGGAAAAAGAAGCUGACUCUGAGAGGAGAGACGAGGAAGAGGACAAUGAUGAUGAUUCCAGGAAGGAGGAUUACUCUGAAGGGGAUCUUAUGGAUAUCAGUACGUACAGUGGGCUUGGGGAAGAGGACUCCGGGGGGAGCCAGCUGGAAGAUGAGGAUGACGAUGAAGAUGAGCCAUACGAGCCCGAGACCAGCUGUUCUGAGAUCCCUGGUCUCCCUGAGGAGGAGGAGCCCAUACCACCCAGUAGAAAAAUCAGAUUUACCACUGAGCCAAUCAAGGUCUUCACCACCUACUCAAAUGAAGACUAUGACCGCCGUAAUGAUGACGUCGACCCCAUGGCCGCCUCAGCCGAGUACGAGCUGGAGAAGAGAGUUGAAAAACUGGACCUGUUCCCUGUUGAACUGGAGAAAGACAGCGACGGUCUGGGGAUCAGUAUCAUUGGUAUGGGUGCAGGAGCUGAUAUGGGUUUGGAGAAACUGGGGAUCUUUGUGAAAACAGUUACAGAGGGCGGAGCUGCACAGCGAGAUGGCAGGAUCCAGGUCAAUGAUCUCAUCGUGGAGGUUGAUGGGACCAGUCUGGUUGGCGUCACUCAGAGUUUUGCAGCUUCUGUCCUCCGUAAUACAACCGGUAUUGUCAGGUUUGUGAUUGGUCGAGAGAAGCCAGGGGAGCAGAGUGAAGUGGCUCAGCUGAUCCAGCAGACUCUGGAACAGGAGCGGUGGCAGAGAGAGAUGAUGGAGCAAAGAUACAAACAGUACAUGGAUGAAGAUGAAGAGACUGGUGAGUACGCAACCGAUGAAGAGGAAGAGAUGAGUCCAGUAUUUCCCAACUCCAUCGAAGUUUUUGACCUGCCAGAGAACCAGGACAUGUUGUCUCCUGUGGAGCUGGAUCCAGAGAAGCUGGCACACAAGUUUAAGGAGCUUCAGAUCAAACAUGCAGUCACCCAGGCUGAGAUCCAGCUGCUAAAGAGGAAGCUGGCCCAUGCAGAGCAGGACAAGUUGCGCUGGCGGAUGGAGCGUGCUCAGUUGGAGCAAAAUAUCCGGGACAGUAAGGAGAGGAUGGAGAAACUGGAGAGCUACUGGAUGGAGGCGCAGACCCUGUGUAAGGCAGUGGAUGAACACCUGAAGGAGACCCAGGCUCAGUACCAAACCCUGGAAAGGAAAUACAGUAAAGCCAAGCGGUUGAUCAAGGAAUUCCAGCAGAAGGAGAUCGAGUACCUGAAGAAGGAGACAGCUCAGCGUCAAGCGCAUGAAGAGAGCGAGGCAACACACAAAGAAGAGACGUACAGUCUGCAUGAAAAAAUUACAGCCUUGGAGACCAAAGUGGAUGCCCUGAAAACCACCAAACCCUCCUAGAAGCUGCGACUUCCUCUUAUCUGUGACUGGAAGGGGAGGACCCUUGCCUUCGUAACGACCAGGGAUGUCUUUUAUCCAACAUGACCUUUGAUUUUUUUUUUUUUUUUUUUGUGGUUGUUGGUGGUUUUUUUAUCAUGCGAGAAUGAAGCAUGUGGUUGAGAAAGAGGGGAAAAACAAACAACUCAUGUUCUGAAAUUUUGCCAGCAGCCUAGAUUGCUGGGCAUCCCACAGUGCACCUCGUCUGAAACCUGGCAUCAUCCUUGUGGAUUUUCUUGGCAGCUGGCUUGGCAAACAAUGUGGAAACUGGCUGGUCUCCAUAGAAACCCCUCUGAAAACCUUCAUUCCUGGAUGAUCUAGGUUGGUCUCACAUCUCCUGUCCUCAUAACAUUGAUUUGGAUUUAUUUAAAAAGACCUUUUACCAAGUAAGUUCAUCACAAAGUGCUUUAUAGAGUGACAGAAUAUGUGGAUACAAAAACGAGAACAAAAACAUUUGAUGGGGUGCCGUUAUACAUCUUUUAACCAUCGAUAGCCACUGGACUCAUAAGAAGUGGCCGAGUGCAUUUAGCUCAUCAUAAACUAGGAAAACGUUCAGAGGCUCGGCCCAGCCUCUGUAAUAACUCAACAAAAGCUAACUUUGAGG